AUGGAUACCCUACACUUUGGUCCUGACGCCCUGAAUGACGGUUGGUGGCUCAACAACGUCAAGCGCAAAGCCUUGCAUACGACGUACGCGGCAGACUUCAACACGUUUGGUGUCGAGGCAGCCAUCCUUUUUUUUGUCAUGUCAUAA